AAAUACACAGAGUGUGCAGGCAGGCAGGCAGGCAGACCGACAGACACAGCACACAGUCAAUAUCAGAGUGCUGAAGAUCCAAGAUGAAAUCUCUGCUGAUUAUCGCCUUCGCUUCUGCACUGCUAUGUGUCUUGCAAAGCUACCCUGUCGAGGUUGAUUUAACACUGAAGUUUGAUCCAGAUGCUGAGGAUCAAGUUUGGAAAGUCAAGACGAAACACCCUGAAAACGAGACCGAGCUGACUGCUGACUCUAUGGACAUUUCUACCCUGCUUGAAAAAGCCAACGCUAACCUCGAUAAAAUCCCCGAUGGAACAGUCAUUCGAUUUGGUGACAUUGCAGUCGAUCCCUUGGAAUCCACCAACGCUGACCCCUGCACUGCACGUUCCUGCAAAUGGCCCACAUCCUCAGAUGGGAAUGUAUACAUUCCAGUCAAAGUGUCCAGUGACUUCUCUUCAAGAGAGAAGAGUGUAAUCGAAGCGGCUUUGAUCUCUUUUGACGCGUCCACCUGCAUCCGAUUCAGACCACACUCAAGAGAGCGUGAUUACCUCUUCGUUCAGUCGCUCUCGGGGUGUUAUUCCUUUCUAGGCAGGCGAGGAGGGCGGCAGACGGUGUCCUUGAACAGACGCGGUUGUGUCUACCAUCAAGUGGUCCAGCACGAGUUUAUACACGCUCUGGGAUUCAACCACGAACAGACGCGCAGUGAUCGGGACGGCCACGUGAACAUUCUAUACGAGAACAUACAGCGAGGAAUGGAGUAUAAUUUCAAUAGAGUGAAUACCAAUAAUCUUGGCACCCCUUAUGAUUAUGGCUCAGUCAUGCACUAUGGAAGGUAUGCUUUCUCAAGCAAUGGAAAACCAACUAUUGUGCCCAAACCUGACCCCAAUGUUUCGAUUGGACGAGCCACUCAGUUCAGCCAAACGGAUAUUGAAAGAAUCAACAGGCUCUACAACUGCAAGAAAUACCUGUGAUUCAGCAACCAAGGAUCUAGCAACCUGACCCUGACCCUGACCCUGACCCUGACCCUGACCUUGACCCUGACCCCUAGCUGGCUGAAGAAUGAUUGUUGUAAUUGCCACAUACAAAUACAUGGCAAAAACGUAUUUUAAUCGUUAGUGUUUAAAAGCUGGAGUGUCGUACACACAUUGUCGUACACACAUUCAAAUAUACCCUCUUGGUGUCUGUCCACUUCUUUUCCAUAGUUCAUAAUUCUGGAUGCUUUAUCAGUAAGAAGAACAUGCCUUGUUUGCGGCGGUGAGCCAAAUAAACACGGUGCUACCUGCAGCAAUAGGAGGUUAUAAAUGACAUCUUUAAUGUUGGGUCAAAACACCUUCUGUAUAUCAUCAAAAAUUGGCUUAUAAAAUGAAAUAUAGGCAUAUGAUAGUUAUUCUAUUGAAAUGCUAUUGAAAUAUAAUAGUUAUUCUAUUGAAAAAUGGAAGCAGAAUUUGACAGCUAUUUUUUAUGCAUAUAAUUUCAGUUCUUUUGACUUUGUUUGAAAAUCUGUAAAGCCAAAAGCUUGCUUGCAAACUACAGUCCUAUUUAUUGUCUCAGCAUCAAAUUCACGUCUUCAGUGAUGUAAUUGUGUGAAAAUUAUAAUGAUAUCAAUAUUGAGGGUGGUGACAAGCCAGGAGUGAAAUUGAAACUUCAAAUGCCUAAAAGCCUUAAUAAAAUAAAUAAAUAACUAAAUAACACUGUU